GAGGAUAAUUUCGCGGCGAAAAUAAUAGAUAUAUAAUGUGGCAAAUAAAAGAAGAGAGAUGCCACUUCCAUUCCUACGUUUCCGUUCACUCUACCGCCACUCUCACACUCACCUCCUCACCCGCCACUUCAUGGCCACCUCCGAGCCCAUAACCCCAUCAAACACCCGCCUGGGCUGGAUCGGCACCGGUGUAAUGGGCCAAUCCAUGUGCGCCCAUCUCAUCCGUUCCGGUUACACCCUCACUGUCUUCAACCGCACCCCCUCCAAAGCCCAACCACUCCUCGACAUCGGCGCCACCCUCGCUACUUCCCCCCACGCCGUCGCAUCUCAAUCUGACGUCGUUUUCUCCAUCGUCGGUUACCCCUCCGACGUUCGCUCCGUCCUCCUCGACCCAAACACCGGCGCUCUCGCCGGUCUCAAAUCCGGUGGCAUCCUCGUUGACAUGACAACCUCAGAUCCUUCCCUCGCCGUCGAAAUCGCCGACGCUGCAUCUGUUAAAAGCUGUCACUCAAUCGACGCUCCCGUUUCUGGCGGAGACCGUGGCGCGAAGAAUGGAACCCUAGCAAUAUUCGCCGGAGGAGAUGAAUCAAUCGUGAAAAAACUUUCCCCAUUGUUUUCAUCAUUGGGGAAAGUGAACUACAUGGGAACUAGUGGAAAAGGUCAAUUCGUGAAGCUAGCGAAUCAGAUAACGAUAGCUUCAACAAUGGUAGGGUUAGUGGAAGGGAUGGUGUAUGCACACAAAGCGGGACUUGAUGUAGGGUUGUAUCUGGAUGCAAUUUCGACGGGUGCAGCAGGUUCGAAAUCACUUGAGUUGUAUGGUAAGAGAAUUUUGAAGAGGGAUUUUGAAGCAGGGUUUUAUGUGAAUCAUUUUGUUAAGGAUUUAGGGAUUUGUUUGAAAGAAUGUGAGAAAAUGGGUAUUGCUUUGCCUGGUUUGGCACUUGCUCAACAGCUUUAUGUGUCUCUUAAGGCUCAUGGUGAAGGUAAUUUGGGUACUCAGGCUCUUAUUCUGGUUCUCGAGCGACUUAACAAUGUUUCUCUCCCACCUUCUGUGGUAUGAAAUCAUUCAGUUACUGUUGUAUAAUAAGAAAUUUGCUAUGUUGCCAGUUUUAUAGUGUGCUUGUGACUGUGAUAUGAUGUUGAAUAAUAAAAAUUUGGUUAUUUAGUUUGAUUUCUUGUGCAUGCCACUAUGCUAUGGUGGAAAAUAUA